UUUCCUUGAAGAACUAACAUUCACGCCUCACAAGUCACACGCAAAGUGCUACAAUGGCAAGACCAGCUCCACCCGUAACUCCGAUGUGUCCACCCAACUCCAAUUCAAAGUCACCUCACCCACUCUCUCUACUACCCAAAUGCACCUCUCUUAGAGAGCUCAAGCAACUCCAAGCCUUCGCCAUCAAAACCCACCUCCCCAGUGACCUCUCUGUCCUCACCAAGUUCAUCAACUUCUGCACCCUCAACCCUACGACUACCUCUAUGCAACACGCCCACCACCUGUUUGAUCAAAUUCCCCAACCAGACAUUGUCCUCUUUAACACCAUGGCUCGCUACGCCCGCACUGAUACCCCUCUUCGAGCAUUUACCCUUUUCACUCAAAUUCUUUUUUCUGGCCUCUUCCCUGAUGAUUACACAUUCCCGUCUCUUCUCAAGGCAUGUGCCAGCUGCAAAGCCUUGGAAGAAGGCAGACAGUUGCACUGUCUUGCUAUCAAACUUGGGCUAAGUGAAAAUGUUUACGUGUGUCCUACGCUUAUAAAUAUGUAUACUGCGUGCAAUGAGAUGGAUUGCGCUCGGAGGGUAUUUGAUAAGAUAUGGGAACCGUGUGUUGUUACUUACAAUGCGAUGAUCACGGGUUAUGCUCGGGGGAGUAGGCCUAAUGAGGCCUUGUCAUUGUUUCGAGAAUUGCAAGCCAGAAAUCUCAAGCCUACUGAUGUUACUAUGCUUAGUGUUCUUUCCUCUUGUGCUUUGUUAGGAGCUUUAGACUUGGGGAAGUGGAUGCAUGAGUAUGUUAAGAAGAAUGGGUUCAAUCGAUUUGUGAAGGUGGACACUGCACUAAUAGACAUGUAUGCAAAAUGUGGGAGUUUGGAUGAUGCGGUUUGUGUAUUCGAGAAUAUGGCUGUAAGAGAUACGCAGGCCUGGUCAGCAAUGAUUAUGGCAUAUGCAAUUCAUGGGCAUGGUCUUAAGGCAGUAUCUCUGUUUAAAGAAAUGAGAAAAGCUGGAACCGAACCUGAUGAGAUCACAUUUUUGGGUCUUUUGUAUGCCUGCAGCCAUACUGGAUUGGUAGAGGAGGGUUUUGAGUACUUCUAUGGUAUGAGGGACAAGUAUGGGGUUAUUCCUGGGAUCAAGCAUUACGGGUGUAUGGUGGAUUUGCUAGGUCGAGCUGGACGCUUGGAGGAGGCCUAUGAGUUCAUUGUGGGGUUGCCAAUUAGGCCCACACCCAUACUCUGGCGAACCUUGUUAUCUGCUUGUGGUAGUCAUGGUAAUGUAGAAUUGGGGAAGCGGGUGAUUGAGCAGAUUUUUGAACUAGAUGACUCUCAUGGCGGGGAUUACAUAAUCUUAUCAAACUUGUGUGCCAGAGCUGGAAGAUGGGAAGAUGUGAAUUAUGUGAGGAAACUGAUGAAUGAAAGAGGGGUGGUAAAGAUUCCGGGGUGUAGCUCAGUAGAGGUGAACAAUGUAGUACAUGAGUUCUUCUCUGGGGAUGGGGUGCAUUCUGUUUCUACGAAGUUACACCAGGCACUUGAUGAAUUGGUUAAGGAAUUGAAGUUGGUUGGGUACGUCCCCGAUACUUCUUUAGUCUUUCAUGCAGACAUGGAAGAUGAAGAGAAGGAAGUAACUAUUAGAUAUCAUAGUGAAAAGUUGGCCAUUACUUUUGGGCUCCUAAACACUCCCCCAGGGACAACAAUUCGUGUUGUGAAGAACCUUCGGGUCUGUGGGGAUUGCCAUUCUGCUGCUAAACUUAUAUCAUUGAUCUUUGAUAGACAGAUAAUUCUCAGAGAUGUCCAAAGAUUCCAUCAUUUCAAAGAUGGUAAGUGCUCUUGUGAAGAUUAUUGGUAGAACGAUCUAUCAGAACGAAAAUGUGUUCUUAUCAUAACCCAGAAGUCAUUCUUGUCAUAAGAAUGAUGUACAAGGACCAUAUAUUUCCGUAUCAUUCUCCUCAGUGGAAGGUGAAGAAUUUGACGCUGCAGUCGGUUAGACAUUCCAUUGAUUACAUGAGUAUUGGACAACCUUUGACAUAUUGGAGACAGAAUUAGCAGAAUGGCGUGGUUCCAGCUAUACUCUCUUACAACUUCAUCUGGAUUUUCAUGAAUGGUCUACUUGCAAGGGUUGAUGAGGAGAAUUAUUUACCUAUGAGAUCAAUAAGCUAUGGUACCCAUCUAUCAUAAACACGAGCAAUGAAAUAUUUCUUAGCAACCCAGGAAGAAAAUGCAUCUUGUUGGUGAUACUAUUGGCAACAGUUUGAUGACAUUCAUUCCAUUUGAGGGUAUAUAAUCCUCUGUUUCAUGGUAGCACUUCGAAGAACCCUAGAUGGGUUUAGGCCAGAGAUACGCUAAACUUGCAUCUUUGGCAUGAAUAAGCACAGAUUUUAGUCCAUUGACCAAGAGUGAUCUUUUGGUUCUGAUCUUUUUCCAAGGUAUUUCUCAUUUAUCUGAUUUUUUUUUGCUUUCUUGUAAAUACUAAUUCUCUUACGUGUAUCCCUAUUCCCCUUUCAUCUCAAAUCAAACAUGAAAUAUUUCUCUU